AUGGCUUACAUACUUUUAUAUAUGGAUGAUAUUAUCCUCACUGCUUCUUCUGAUACUCUUCACAAGUCUAUCAUGACACUUCUCAACUCUGAAUUUUCUAUGAAAGAUUUGGGUCCACUGAGUUACUUCUUGGGUAUAGCAGUCACUCGACAUGCAGGUGGUCUAUUUUUGUCUCAGAAAAAGUAUGCAGAAGAAAUUAUUGAGCAUGCCGACAUGUCCUCAUGUAAGUCUUGUCCUACUUCGGUUGAUACUAAACCAAAACUCAGUGCCAAAACUAGCACUCCAUACGAGGAUCCCUCUCACUACCAUAGCCUUGCAGGAGCUCUUCAAUAUCUCACAUUCACGAGACCUGACAUUUCUUAUGCAUUACAAAAAAUCUGCCUAUUUAUGCAUAAUCCAAUGGAUGAACAUAUGCACGAUCUCAAGCGCAUCCUGUGCUACAUUAAAGGAACACUUCAUCAUGGACUGCAUCUUUAUCCUUCUUCGAUAUCAUCUCUGAUUUCAUAUAUAGAUGCAGAUUGGGGUGGGUGCCCUGCUGAAGGUGAAUACUGUGGCGUUGCCAAUGUGGUUUCUGAGUCAUGUUGGUUACGUAAUCUUCUUCUGGAGCUACAUUUUCCUAUCCAUAAGGCUACAUUGGUUUACUGCGAUAAUGUUAGUGUGAUACACCUUUCUGGUAAUCCAGUUCAGCAUCAACGCACUAAACACAUAGAAAUUGAUAUUCAUUUUGUUCGCAAAAAAGUUGCUCGUGGACAAGUACAUGUCUUACAUGUCCCCUCGCGUUAUCAGAUUGCAAAUAUUUUCACAAAAGGACUUCCUUUAGUGUUAUUUCAGGAUUUUAGGGAUAGUCUCAGCGUACAAGAACCUCCCACUUUAACUGCAGGGGUGUGA